AAACAACAAUCAAAUCUAAAAAGACGACAGUCAAACCUAUGGCGACAACCGUAAAACCUAAAAAGACGACAGUCAAAUCUAAAAAGACUACAAUUAAACCUAAAAAAACAACAAAAAAAUCUAAAAAGACGACAGUCAAACCUAAGACGACAACCGUAAAACCUAAAAAGACGACAGUCAAAUCUAAAAAGACUACAAUUGAAGCUAAAAAAACAACAAUCAAAUCUAAAAAGACGACAGUCAAACCUAUGGCGACAACCGUAAAACCUAAAAAGAUGACAGUCAAAUCUAAAAAGACUACAAUUAAAGCUAAAAAAACAACAAUAAAAUCUAAAAAGACGACAGUCAAACCUAAGACGACAACCGUCAAACCUAAAAAGACGACAAUCAAAUUUAAAAAGACGAUAAUUCAACCUAGAAAGACCACAAUGAAACUUAGAAAGACGACAAUCAAAAUUAAAAAGACGACAACGAAACCUAAAAAGACCACAAUCAAACCUAAGAGUACUAAAAAACCUCAAAAGAAGUUACCCUUAACUACUAAAAAACGUUUGACCACAACAAAACAAACGACAGUAUUUCCGAAAUGGAGACCUAGAGAACCCCGUAUAGGGGGACGAAGCCGACCAAAAGUACCUUUCAUAGCCGUAGGUAUCCAUCCAAAACAUGCAUACAAUGGUAUCUUAAUGCCUUACGACAAACCUUGGGAACCAUUAACCGAACCAAAAAAUCCAAGAACCCAAAUAACUUUAGUUAAUUUAAUCGAAGACUUGAAGCCAAAAAAUAAUUCCUCAUUUCCUAUAAUUUUAACUAUUAAACAAAAACACAAACCUUGUAAAUGCUGCCAUAACAAUUGUCCUCCUACAUGUAACAAAUCCUGUUGUAAAACUACCAAUUGUAGAAAAUCCCAUUGUAAAUGUUGCAAUAGACCUUGUUAUAAAAAUUUUCAUAGACAAUUAGAAAAUAUUGAAGAAGUUGGCACAUCGAAAUUUCAACUUCAGACUCAACAAGGCGAUUCAAACGAUGUAGGCGUUCGUUUAUUGGACACUAGAGAAGACCAGAGUGACGUCAUUGGAAGAAUUGAUGUGGAACCAGAUACGGAAACGACCAUAGAGCCUAUUGCUCUUAGACAUGAGAUGCAUCAUGGGAAGAAAGGAAAAAAAUCCUUCCGUGAAAAGUUUUUGAUAGAGUGUUUGACUCGAAAGAAAAAUUGCGACAAGCACCAAAAUGAUGAUCAAUCAUCUGAAACCGAAAAUAAUGAUAAUGACCAUAUUAUAAAAAGGAAAAAUCCUUUUGCAGCGCAUGGAGACACACCAGCUGAAGAUAAAAAUUUAACUAAACUGGCCUACGUUAUUUCGAAGCACAUUGUUAAUAGUUUGCCUAAAGACAUGCGAAACAGCAAUUGGGCAGCCGAUUUGGCCUUUAAAAUUGUGUACGAAAAAUUAAAAAUGUAUGAUUCUGGUAGUUUCGGUUUACCUCCUUUUGGAUUACCUUUUCAGCAAAACUACAUGUAUGGUAACAGUUCUAAUAAUGGAAGUAAUGACUGUUGCGGCUGUUGUUGUGAUGGGGAAGAUGAAACUUCAGAUGCUUCUUAUAGAAGUCAAUUGGACUCUCAGAUCAACGUUAAAGUUGGAAAUGAAAACACGUACAAGUGUUUGCCAACAAUUGAUAAGCCACCGAGUGAAGGUUACGUUCUGCUUGAAAAUGUUGGAUGGUUUAAAUUCCAUGAUGAACAGAAGCCGUGGAAUGAAGCAAGAAAACAAUGCUUCAGAGAAGGCGCUCAUUUAGCAUUUAUGGAAUCUCCACAAGAAACUCAAUGGUGUAUUGAUCAUCUUCUAAAAGGAUCUGGGGAAGAACUAUUUUUGGGAAUUCACAACUAUUUUAGGGAAGACUGGGUGUCUGUAAGUAACACAGAUGUAGAAAAAAUGAAACAUUUGAAAUGGUCAAAAAAGGAACCAGAUGAGUACAGAUUUUAUAAUUGUGCAAUUAUAAACCCUAAAAAUAAGUUAGUUAGCCGAGAAUCAUGUACUGUUGAUCAUCCAUUUAUUUGUAAAGUUCCACUGUAACAUAAUAUUUUCACAUAUCAAUAAGCUUCGUGUUGAAUAAAUAUCUAUAUGAAAAAAAAAGGUUCCCGACACAUAUUUUAUAAUUAUUUUUUUCCUAUUCUGUGUUAAGCAUUUUAUCUCAGGCUGCUCAAGUUUGUCGUAUUUUUUUGCUGCAAGUUUA